GCCCACAGCACACAUGUUGCCUGCAGGGCCACUCCCAGCCUUGAAGACACUUCCAGGGCCAUGACCAGCUUCCCAAGGUCAUGACCAGCUUCCAUCCACUGGCCUUGUUCUAUGGGACUCCAUGCUUUAAGUUCACAGAUGAGGGAGCAGAUCACUCAGCAAUGGGGGUUCCCCGAGCUCCACUCUUCYGCCUCUCUUUGCACCCUUUUGCCAUGUUAACAGCACCCAAAGCAGCAGAGUAUGCCCGCAAACAGAGUGUCAAGUUAAGAAGGGGAGCAAUGAAUAAGAAUGCCACCACCAGCAGCUCUACAGAGGAAGCAAACGCCACAAAGUGGAAGUCAUCAAAGKGUUUUUCGUGCACAUCACCAAAGAACACA